AUGGCGUUGCGUGAUCAGGCGUUGAAGAAAAUUGGGGGUAUUACGGCCACCGUAUGGCUUGGGGCCCCAUGUGAUGACGAAUGGCUGUACUCGUCGAAGCUGAAGAGUUGCUACAAGCUAAUCGGCGAUUUCAAUGGUUUCACCUGGGAGACAGCUCGAAAUGAUUGCAUGUCUUUAGGCAGUGAUUUGGCAUCAAUUCACUCUGCUGAAGAACAUCGCGUCGUUGUUGGCCUUGCCGAUACCUAUGUGCAAUUGAUGGUCAAUGGCGUGAUGUUCACAAAAGCUGCGACAUGGAUUGGAGGAAGAAGGACAGGUCCAAACCGCACCGAUUUUGCCUGGUCUAACGGUAGCCCCUUCGACUUUACAAACUGGGCCGGAGGCCAGCCGGACAACUACGGCGGUGAUCAGGAAUACGUUCAGAUCAUCACCACCGUGGUCCCAGGCCACUUCGCACCGACCGACGUUUGCAAGUUCACUAGGGCGGAUGCGAUGAACUAUUGCAAGAACUUCGAUCAGAAAGGCGCCUCGAUCCAUAGUGCUUUCGACAAUGUGGCUGUGCUGAGUCAGGCGAGGAGGCAAAUCGCGGAUACCACCGCUUCGGGUCCCCCUUGUGAUGACCAGUGGACAUACGCGGCGGCAUUGAAGAAAUGUUACAGGGUUAUCGGUGACUACAAUGGCAUCACUUGGGAUAAGGCUCACGGUAGAUGUAGAGCCAUGGGAGGCGAUUUGGCGUCCAUUCACUCUAGGCAAGAGCAUGACAUCAUCACGGACCUGGUUGACACCGAUGUGCAGUUGGAUGCAAAAUCACAUAUGCACACCACAUCCCAUACAUGGAUUGGAGGGAGCAGGUAUGGAGCAGGGGAUCGCGACUUUUCGUGGAGCGAUGGUACCUCAUUCAACUACACGCAGUGGGCCGUCAACCAACCGGACAACUAUAGAGGGCAUCAGAACCGAAUCCAGAUCAUCACUACCGUUGACCCAGCCUUGUACUACCCUGUAG